GAUGCAAUAAACCGUUUCUCUGCAAAAAGUCGUCCCAGCAGGCCGUCAGAGAGGAUGGUAACCUGAUCGGGGAGCGAGGCGUUGGCCGUGCCGUGGCACUAAAGGGUUGAAACCACUUGGCACGGUGCUCGACGACAGCCCUCAUUCACUGCCACACGGGCUCCUAUUCAGCACACAGAACCAUAAACUGCUGCCAUUAUAGUGGCAACCAAAGGGCCCGGCUGCGACCCGACACCCGAUCUCCUCUUUGGCUCCGGCCUCCUUUUGUGCCAGGAUUUCAUAUCUGAACUGCCCUCCAUAAAAAGCCCUCCAGGCUGCAGCCAUGGACCUGCUGCUCCAGGAUGGGAAGUAAGCAGAGCAUCUUCACGGCACAGCAGCUGGAUGCCUACCAGGACUGCACAUAUUUCACCAGGAAAGAGAUUCUCAGAUUGUUCUACCGGUACCGGGAUCUGGCCCCACAGCUCGUUCCUCUCGACUACACCAAGGAGCCAGAUGUGAAGCUACCAUAUGAGCUGAUUGGCAGCAUGCCCGAGCUGAAGGACAACCCGUUUCGUCAGAGGAUUGCGGAGGUUUUCUCUGAGGAUGGAGAAGGAAACAUGUCGCUGGACGACUUCCUGGACAUGUUCUCCGUUCUCAGCGAGAUGGCGCCUCGGGACCUGAAGGCCUACUACGCUUUCAAGAUCUACGACUUCAACAACGACGACUUCCUCUGCAAGUCGGACCUGGAGAAGACGCUGACCAAGCUGACCCGCGGCGAGCUGGGCGAGGACGAGGUGAAGAUGGUGUGCGAGAAGGUGAUGGACGAGGCGGACCUGGACAACGACGGCCGCCUCUCGUUGGAGGACUUCCAGCACAUGAUCGUCAGGGCUCCAGACUUCCUCAGGUGAGCUCAGGCGUCGUGUGGAUCGACGCUGCUCCAUUAAAGCCUGUUCUGAUCCGGUUCUGGUCUCUCCACAGCACCUUCCACAUUCGGAUCUGAGGAGCCAGAACGUUUGUCUGAAAACUGUUUUUCACCAUCUGGUCUGUAGAAAGUAGUCGUCCCAAACCCUGACCCGCCGCCGGACGGAGCCGCGGUCCAUCGGCCGUCCCACCAGGACCCGGCUCAUUAAUUAUGACGAUCGGCAGCAGAUUCCUUUCAUAUCUGAAGGGGUUUGGUUACACAAAUAUAAAGAAGCAGCAGCGCACAAUGCAGCGCCGAGGGGAGGGCCGCUGGUCAUCGGAGCAGCUCCUGGGGGGCAAACGAGGGCCGACGUCCAUUCAAUGAAAACAACGCUCACAGCUUUCAUCUUCUUCUUUUAAUAAAGCAAAAGUACACGUCUGUACAGAGCGUAGAUCCAUUCUAGACGGGUUGAGACAGAACAUGGUGUGUUGGGACAUAUUUACAGUCUCUGACCCAAACUCUCCUCGUGUUACACAGAAGCAAAGCAGAUGAUCAUGUUCAGUCUAUGAAGCAAUGACACGCGUGUGGAGAUAUGUUCACAAUGGGGACGCAUGGAUGUUGGAAACGUGCCGCGUCCUAAAGCUGCGGCUCGACUCUGACCGGAGAACACGACGCCCU